AUGCCUUUGCUGCUGCAAGCAGAGUUAGAGGAAGUCGUUUCGACCGUCGCCCAAAGGCUUGACUCUUUGCAAGUUGAUUAUGCUGUCAUGGGAGGUGCGGCUGUGUGUAUCAUGGCACCUAGUCCCCUGCGAGCAACGGAGGACGUCGACCUGGUGAUCCAUGUCGACCAUCGAUCGAUCACAGCGGAGCUCCUUACAAGGAAGCUCUUGACUUCAUUUCCGUCUGACUUUGGCCCAGUGAGUCAGUUUGGACACGUCAUCCCAGGAUACAAACUCCGAUUGCCUGGAGGCGGGGAGCGUCUUGUGGAGCUCGAGGUAUUCGAUCAGGUCGCCUGGCCGCACCGACCUCAAUAUGAUCUUGAAACAGCCACACGAGCGACAAAGACUAUCAACGGAUACCCUGUCAAGCUUUUCAGUACUGAAUGGACCAUUCGGGAGAAGAUACUGUCACACUACCAGCGCCAUGGUGCCAAGCAAGCAGUUGACAUCCAAGACGUGAUCAGCCUUCUACCUUACGGUGUCCCUGGCACGCCGGAGCUCAAUUUCGACAACAACCAGAAACUUCAAAGUGCUUUGACAGCCAUGUUGAAGAUCAGGCCAAACUUGCGAAGCGACCUCAGCGAAAUCAUCAAAUGCAGGGCUAUCUUCGGCAAUUGA